AUGUCCAUCUUGCUGCAGGAAACGGGUGGUGGUAACAGUGGCAGUACGGUGACCGCCGCAACAACUCCUAACGAGGACGGAAACAUCGGUUCGUCCCUUACCGUCGACAGUGUUCCGAUGGCGAAGGAAACCUGUACGGGAGAUUGUCAUUAUGGCCGCAGCUGGAAGGAAUAUGUGGAGUUGCUGGCACAGAUGAGAGUGGUCGAUGUGGACGAUGGUGAAAUGGAAAAACAACAGCAGGACGAGACGUGUCCGGAAAGUGACUGUGUCUGUACGGCGCAACCCGUUUCGUCCGAAUGCCAUAAAGGCGAUGUGGGCAACCAGCAAAAGCCACAGCACAGUGAGAAUGUAUUUCCGCUCGACUGCUGCUGUCGAAUGUGCAACGCGUCGCGGGAAGUGGUGAUGAAACUGUACGCCGAGGAUUGCCAGUACAACUCACUGUGGGAUCGCUUACAGUUACUGAUGAAGCAGUACUACGAUCUGAUACCGGAGUCCGAGGAUAACGCGCUGUUUAAUCAGUACAUGGAGCUGAUGAGCAAAUCGUCCCUGAAGUGGUUAACGGAUGUGCGCUUUAGCAGGAAUAACAUUAUCCAGAUUUCACUCGCAUCCAAUUUGCCGCUCUCGAACGAGAUGGCCUUCGUGAUGCUAACGAACGUUCUGAGCACCCGUGAUCCGCACCAGCUUUUCGAGCUGCUCUGCUUUCAGCUCCGGUCGAUCGUGCAGGUGUACUGCGUCGGGCUCGAGGACUUGGUCACCGAGAACCCGGAAGACGGUAGUCGCCAGUUUAACGCGACCGAGGUGUUGAAUUAUAUCGUUAACGGAUACAAGAAGCUGCGCCAGUCCGCGCGAACCGUCACCCCUUUGCUGAACGUCCUGGAGCAGUGUCAUCUGGGCAAAUUUGGUCUCACCUGGUGGUUGAUCAACCAACGCAUUUUCCAACGUUACUUUUACUACGAGGUGCAGAGCAUAGUACCCGAUUGUAUGAAACAGAUGCGCGGUACUCUACCGGAACGCGAGUACCAAGAGCUGGUUGCGCGGUUCUUAAAGUUUGACAAAGAAAUGGCAGAUAUUGCGCUCACGUGGGUCGAUGUGUGGCCACUGCUAUACGAGUACCACCGUUCGCCGGAUGAUUGCGAGCGGCGUCACCGCAUGAAGACGGUGCAUGCGCUUCUGCAGUCCAUACGCGGUGCACGCUACAUGCCGAAGUCGCCGGAACUGUUCGAAAAGCCCGAGCGACCGAUAGCGGAGUGGAUGGAGCUAAAAAACAGGAAGCUGGCAUGGGAGUACGUGGUGCACUGUCUGAAAACGAAGUGGAUACCAGGCGUCAAUACGCGUCUGAAUAACGUAGCCGAUGUCGUUAAGUGUCCCGGAUGCGAUCGUCCAUUGAACACGCACAACAUGGUGUGUGCCUGUCUGUCUUGCAUUAUCGGUGGUGGAAUUUUUCCUUACCGGCCGAAGAAGGAAGUCAACGAACGGUACGGCAUGUGUACGUGUGCGAACAUGAUCGAAAUGUUGCUCGAAAGUCAGGGCAAGACAGUACCCGCCUGCGAUGACGAUCAUGCGGUGGCAAACGUACAUCAACUUUUGUCCUCAUCGCUGUUACUAACCGAUGGUGAAGUUGGAAUGCAAAAUGGAUGCGUAAAUUCAGCCUCCCGCCGACAAAGCGAUGACCCCAAACUGGACGAUCAAAAGGACAAUCUUGAGCAGGAUGCUGCCGCCUACCUUCCGCUAAUGCAAUCGUUGAGUGAAGAUGACGAGCUUUACCACAUUGCGUGGGCCAUAUUCAACCAUCUUCCCGAACGAGUACCGUACAGAUGGAACACAUUGGAACCGUCGCGUUUUUGCACCUUCCAGGCAUCGCCCUGCUCCUCAAUUGCUUGCCGCGUGGCGAUCAACAUAAUCGCGAUGAACUAUCCCAUCCACCUGUCCCGGCUGCUGAUACAUUCAUACAAACCGGUCAGCGAGGAACCGCGGCGCAUCAUGAAGGGCAACUGGAACACGAAGGCUCGCAAUUCGCUGCGCAAGCUGUGCAGCAAACGUUGGCAAGAGGAGAUGGACGAUCAGAUGCAUCCGCUGCGGUUCGUCGAUAUGUUUUGGUCGCUGCAGAACUCUACGCUCAAUCUGCCAAAGACACGCGCAUCCGAUUUGGCGGAAUGGUUCAUGCUCGACACGCAGGCACCACCGCGCAAUGUGUUCUACCAGUAUUUUACAAAGUUUUUCCUGGUGAAAGACGACGACAUCGUCUUCGAUGUGGAAUGUUACGAGCGGGAACGCGAACGCUCGGUUUCGCCCAACCGGAUGCGGGAAAGUUUAAUGCAGAAGCUGGAAACGCAUAGCGCUGCGACGCUUACGACGUCUGCAUCGUCCGGUUCGUCCUCCUCGUCCUCGUCGUGCCUGUCGAGCUCAACCUCAUCGUCGUCCUCGUCGUCCUGUUCGUUUUCUACCGCUUCAGCGGCGUCGGUUGCGGCCGCUGCGGCUGCUGCAGCUGCAGCCGCCUCAACGUUUAUCGAACCAAUGGUUACCUCCACGGGCGCCAACGGGAAUACAAAUGAGGGCAGAGGUUGCACCUGUAUUUGUAAUAGUUGCGUGACGGAGUUUCUAUCCCAGUCAGAAAUGAUGUCGAAACAGUUCGACCCACUGGCCAGAGACUCGUUGACCCAGCGCACAAACAUGCUGGAAAUGGAGCUGAAAGCACUCUUGAAGGAACGAAAUAUGUUGCUGGAGAAAGGUGGCGGCGUGAAUGCAUGCAAACUAUUAAAGCGUGAUGAUUCAUGCACUCCGAAAGAUGCCCACGAAGCAUCGAAAGUCGAUUUGAAUGUGGAAAGCGAGGCAACGAAAACAUCUAUCCCUACAUCCGAUAUGGGAACGAGCGUGACAGAGGCUACCGAUGCAACGAACGGCACAGAACAGCAUCAGAUUGAUAAUUUGAAGGAAGUAAAUGUGAUAUCUUCGAGCAGUGAGAAGGAGUGUAGUGUAGCUGCUACGAAUGCGCUAGUAACGCAACAACCCAAAGCAUCCGCUACCGUAACUGCCAUUUCUCCAUCGAAAGCAUUGUUAAAUGAAAACAACCCUACAGAUACGUCUAGCGCAUCAAUCUGUUCGCAACCGCGACCAGAUACAGCACAGGCAACGGCUGCGAAGUCAAAUUCAGAGCUUCAAACACCAGCAAAACUAUCUGCUUUCGCAAAACUGGCCGCAAGUAAAUUGCCGGCAUUGGUCAGCAGUACAACGGCCGGAAAAUCAACCCCAAAGCAGGAAGGUACCACGGCUAGUGCAAACGGUGCAUCCGUGAAACCGAAAUCACCUUCUGCCUCACAACCACAAACUGGCAACGGAAACCGUACGGUAACCAUUCCCAUCCCAGCAGCAUCAGCGACACAAACGCACAGCACCAGCAAACCAUGUCCCUGCGGGAUGCCUUCGCAUGCUCCAGGUGCAAAGGCAGGAACGGGUUCGAAAACGAGACCGGUGGCUGGUGCAACAGCGCAAGGAUCUACAGCAAGCGCAAGUACAGCCCACUCGAAAGAGGAUCAUAAAAAAUCGUGCCAUCGUGGAACAGCGCCAGCCAGUGCGUCCGGUGGAGAUAAAACCGAAGGAUCCUGCGUGUGCUAUUAUUGUACCCUGUUCGGGCAGAGUGUAUGUUUAGAAUGUAACCACAAUCAAAGGACAAACGAAACACGUGAUAAGUUGCGGAAGAAAUUGCAGAACAAGCAAGAGCAAAAAACUACAUCUAACAACAGCACGACAGCAGCGAAGGGCCUUAAUGUGGUUGCUGUGAAGAAGGUUACCAGUAACAACGCUACUGCACCGGUAGGAUCGGCCGGUAAGGCAAGCGUGCCACACAACACAGCAUUAUCUGCUAACAGCAACAGUAAAACUGUUGCUGACAAAGGAAACAAAAAGGGUGAUAAAUCUGCAACUACUCCUUCAACGGCCGGCAAGGGAAAUCGAUUUCAAUCAAUUGAUGAUCUGUUACGAUUUAUCGAAGGAGACGAUACGUUUAAAGGUGCCAGCAACACCCCAGCGAAGGGCAAAUCAAGUCGCAUUCAGUCGACAGAAAAAAGUGAACAAAAGCAGUCAUCCAAUUCAGCAACCACGCAACCAACCAAAAAAUCAACCACGGCAGCGUCGCCGGCGGUCGGUAAAGAUUCGGAUACGAUAAAGAAGGCAAAGCUGAACGAGAGUCUCAAACUGAUAGCAGAGCUGGAAGUUUUGCGUCAGCGGUUUUACGACUGUCAGAAACACGAGCAGAAAGCCCUGCAGCAUCUUCAAGACCAGUCGGGACUGAGCAAAAAGGAACGGAAAGAGCUUCCGCUCAAGAUACAGACAUAUCGGCAGCAGAAGAACGAGCUGCACGCCACUAUUAAUAGGCUCGUCACCAGUAUACGAAGUGAAAUUCCGGAAUAUCCAUUCAAGCUGGAAGCAUUCGCCACUCCGCCAUCUUGCUGCACGGCGCCACAGCAAAAACCGGGCCAGCAAACCAUUAAUGCACCACGGGACGUACAGGUCGGCGGGCGAAAGAUGACACCGGGUGCCAUGCUUCCGCCACCACCAUCGACCCUCACUGCUGCGGGUAAAGCGCACAACAAUGUACAUGCGGCAAGGCUUGCAAAGUUACACGAAUCGAUCAACAAUUACAAGCAGAAACGACAGCAGCAGCUAGGCGAAUUACAACAGCAGCAGGAUCAAAUGAUACAUGACCAUUUGCAGCAGUUUAAACAACAACCCCAGCAACCGGUCGGUUACAAUGAUGCCACUUCCCAACAGUUAGUCACAAUCAAGCGAACCUUCUUGCCCCAUCCGCAGCCGCAGAUAACGGUGACGGCGAAGGGUGAUUCACCCGAUCAAGAUCAAAUAUUGUACACGUUCGUCAAUGGUAAGAUGGUGCUAAGUAAGGAACCGCUCAACGCUGAUGAUCUGGAUAACUUUUAUGACAAACCGGGUGAACUGUGGGCAAAAACCAAAAAUGGUCCUGUUGCAAUCGAUGAAGCAAAGGUGCAAAACAUGAAUCGCUUCAACCCAGAACGCCAAGAUCCACAUGCGCAUUUGCCGCCAUUCAAAGAUUCUUGUAUUACACCGGUGUUUUCGAAAGAAAACCUUCACCAACAGCAGCGACAGCAGCACACCUUGUCGAUCGACGAUCUGAUACGUGAGCAGGAGUUAAUUAAUAAUCUCCAGACUAACUGCAAGGGUGAUCCAGAGAUGCUUUCGUUAGUUCAAAAUUUGAAGAAAGAUUUGCUCGAAAUGCAAAAGAAUCCACCACAACCAUCCGGUAAAACGAGCGGUGUCGCGAACAAAGGCAACAUUAAGGCGCCGUUGAAUAAGCAACCCAUCAAAAGGGAAACCGCAACCAAACCGAUCCCCACCAGCGGUGAUCAACAGGGAAGCAAAGGUAAAGCAUCAUCGUCCGCAAGCAUACCGGCGGUGGAGUUAAGCAAGGUCAAGAAUAAAAAGGAUCACAAAAAGGAUAAACUGAUUGAGGAGAUUGAUGAAAUAGUGGCGCGACUAAAUCUGCUAGACAGUGACGAAGAAGACGCGAAACCGACGUCAAAAAGAAAGCAAAAAUCAUCGUCCACAUCCCAGACAAAGGUUCUAAAUCGGAAGCAAAGCAAAGACUCCAUUGUCUCCAGUGGUAGCGGGAAUGCUCCAACAGGCUCUAAGCAGCAACCAAAAUCUCAAUCGAAACAGCAGCAGACUAUGCCCGCUAGUGGCGCACAAACUAAGAGCAGUCAAUCGCAGGAGUUACAAAAAAAGAAAAAGGACACAUCAGCGGUAGCACAGAAACCAAUUAAGGACGAUAAACCCGUAGUAGGGGAAAAUGUAAUCAGUAAAGACAAGGUUAAAGCACAAUCUCAGCAACCAGCGUUUGCAGUGGAGACCACUGCAACUCCAGUGGAAACAUGCGCCAACGCGAUCGUACGCAAGAAGGUACCCAAGACGUUCAUCGAUCCCGAGUUCGAUAACAACGCGUUCCGGCUGCUCAACAUGGAUGAUUCCGAGUCAGAGAUUGAAGAGGAAGAAGAGAUACCGACAGUAGAAUCAGUGUCUCCAUUGCAGGAGGAAAAAACUGCUCAAAGUUCAGUCCACCAACAGCCAAACUCGAACCUAUCGGUAAAGGACUCAAAGAAGAAAUCGAAAGAAUCCAUUCUGGAAGUGUCGUCUAACGUAGCAACUGAACCGCAAGGGCAACAGGACAAACCGAACAGAUCCUUCUCAGCUGCUGUGUCGAAAGGUGGUACGGAGAAAGAGAAAAAAUCUUCGCAGAAGAAAGCAGCCAAGCCAGAAAUGGAACCGAAGCCAACAGCCCCCGGUGGAUCUGGCCCGGGGAAGCAAAAGCGGGAUGAGGUCGAAGGUUCGGCCAAGAGUGCUGGAACACCGAUUGGUGAUGGUGCGGAACAGCGACCAAAGAAGCAAACACCGGCACAAGCAAUGGUUGAGAAAAUCAGCGCCCUGCUAGACAGUCCCGGCUUAUCGAAUCGGCAGCGGAAGCAAAUGAUUCGCCAGCUCGAGCAAGCGCAAGCAACUAUCCAAACGCAGCUGUUACAAAAUGCGGCCAAAGCAACAAAGGCGAAGGUGCAAGCCCAGGCCCAGCAGGAGAAAAUGGCUAACCAGAUGGCUACGAAUAUAGGUAACAACGCGUCUAAAUCAUGCGCCGGCAAAGAAGCUAGCAGCAACAAAGCACGACAAGCGAAUGCACGUAUAGCCCCAGCAUGCAAUGAUAGUGAAUAUAGCAGCAGUACUUCCGGCGCUCGUAACAGCCUUAUGGAGCAACUCAAACGUGGUAUUCGUGCAGAAGGACUGGAUCUUCCACCCGGAAUUACGCUAACGCGCCUCGAUGCCAUUCAGGCGGAAGCUUUGCGGCUAAAGCGCGAAUCAAUCCGAAAGCUUAGCGUACCGCUGAAACCGGUCACACCACCGCUCGAUACUUCGGCCGCCAUGCUUCCCGGUGCGUUUGGUGCCACCGGUUCACCAAACGCUGGCAUGUUUGUCGUAAAUCCCAUGUCACCAAUUUCUAUGCCCGGACAGCAGGACUCGGUGAUCAUGGUAAAUACGGGCAAAUUGAGGGGCCAGGAGCAGCAGCAGCAAACUUGCCUGGAAAAUGGAACCGAUCGUAAAAAGCGCAACAAGCGGCGCAAAAACAAAGGUAAAGAUCAGGAGCAAAAUGAACGUGUUCCUUCCUCGAUCGGUACAUCCAUUAAUUCCGGUACCGAGGUAUCGGCUGCCAAUCACCUAGUGGACGGAAGCAACAUUGUAACGCUACGCAAUCCCAUGUUCCACAGCGGCCCGAUGGGUAUGGGCGGUGUCGGAAUGCAUCCUCCCGGGGCACCCAUGAUGUCGGACGUACAGGGCGCACGGAUGACGCUUGGGUACGAUCAGCCUGCAAAGAUUUUCAAAAAUGACAACGGAAUGUUUACGAUACGCAAUCCGGCACUGCAUCAUGCGGUAUCUGGCGGUGCUCCACCGGAAGUGACAGGGUUCCGCCCAUUUAACGCAGCCUACCUGGUGGAGAAUGGAAUUAUGCCGCCGUCUGGGAAUAUGCAACAACCGAUGGGGACGGUACCGCAUGUUACUGCUGCCGUAUCGUCUGGCCCCAGUACAAUGAUGCCCGGCAACGGUAGCAUACCGGCCUACCUGCAGCAAUAUCCUCCACCAGCGCUGGAUGACAGUAUGGGACCACGCAAAUGUAAAUCCGUCAUCGGGAGUGAGAUGAAGAAUGCUCAAAAGCAAAAGCAAAACUCGCUACAGCAACAGGGUGCUAUCGGUGGUGGUUUACCAUCAGCGCCAGGGCGAAGUUGGCAGCACAUGAAUGGAACUACCGGACAGGAUAUCUUCAUUGCGCCUUCAUCUUCUCCCAGCACCACUAAUGUGGGCGGACUAGGAGAGUCUCACUAUUCGUCGUUCAAUCAUUACAACCUAUCUGGACAGGAUAUGCUCCACGGAGCACCCGCUGGAACUCCCGGCAGGUACGGCGGAAGCGGAAUGUUGGGACCGCCUGGAUAUUAUCACGGCAGUGUCAACGGUGCGCCGGGACUGUCGAAAGCAGCUACAUCCAAUGUUAGUGCCAUUGGUUCGGAACGAUCACACGGUCUUUCGUAUCUGGGCGGUGCAGAUCCGUCCGGAAGUUUGGCGACACACUGUUGCGACGAUGAAGUACCUAGCGCAUUCUUUAACGGUAACAGUCUAGGAAGCCUGCCAUCAGGGAGUAUGAGUAGUCGAACACGCUAUGAUGAUCUUGCCUUCCUACAAAACUUACAGCCGGGCCAACGGCUCAACAGUGAGGUUACCAUACACAGCAUCAAUGAGUCAAAGAUGCGCCGACAACAGGCACAAAACUAUACGCACGACAUUCAAAUAACGCCCAUACCGGCACCGUCACCUCCAACCGGUGGCAGAGCAGGAGGGUUGGGUGUGCCGGUUGCGUCUAGCACCGUGUCGUUGCAACACUUGAUGCAACAGUCACACCAAGCGCAUCUUCAGCAGCAACAACAGCAACACCCAGACACUCAGCUGCACCUUUCUGAUCUCAGUCCCGGUUCCGGUUCGGUGGGAUCGGGCAGCGGUUCCGGCUCCAGGACCGGCGUAACAUUGACCGAUUUCAUGGACAGCCGAGUGUCCGGCGGUAGCAGCUCAUCAACCUCUGCUGAUCUGUUGGCACCUUCGCUUGAGCUGGACGCGAAAAACUUUUUGCGCGAUUAUCAGCUAGGACAACUUCAGCAGCAGAUGCAAGAUUUGCAGCUACAGCCGGGAGAAUUUGGAGAUAACGUGUUCGCCAAUAAGCAACCGAAAGCGAAUAUCGGCGAACAGGAAUCCGACGAGCAGGAUCUGGAAUCGCUCGAACGUUUAAAUUAUUUGCUUGCUGCAUCGGGUGGAACUAGUAGUAAUAGCAUGAAAGUGCCGUCUGCGGCUAAUAGUUCAACAACGGAAACAGUAUGCACCACAGCUGUGAACGAUGUGGAAGAAGGCAAUCCUGGUGGCGUUAGCAUCGGUGGCGAAGAACUGCAACGACCACAACAGCCACCGAUAGGUACACCAUCCAGCAAGAAUCUUCAACAGCAUCGGUUACAACAAAACGGGACGCCCGUCUCAACGGCCGGUGGUAUACUGUAUCCGGCCACGGCCGAUAGUCCCGCUUCCUCGGUGUCCGUGUUCGAUGGCAUCUCUUCUUCACUCAGCAGCCAGGCGCACUCGUUCGAUGAUCUGUACACGGGCCUGCUAGCAACAGCUUCGCCACCAACGUCGAUCUCCGGUAGUAACGAAAGCACCGGCUGUAACACGAACUUAAACUCGCAACUGAACAUUCAUCAAUUGCCUCAUCAGGUUAGUACCGACACGGGAUAUGUCCCGUCGAACGUUAACGGUCUGCCUGAGGCUAGCGUUGCAGCGAAAUCCGUCGACAAUGCCGACAGUCCUACUUCAUUAAGCAAUAAGUGA